GGAUAGUUCAUCCAUGUUUGCCCUCGAGUCAGGAUAGAGCAAAACCAAAUCUACCGGCAAUUUUGGGACUCCGGUCGCCAGAGUCUAGCUCGGUCGAAAACAGACGCCACAACGGCAGAGAUACUCAUCACUGAUAGCGGCAGACUCGUUCAAUCUACAGUAUGUGGAAAAUGGCGGUCGAUUCGGGGGCUGCGGCAGUGGCGUCGAGAGAGUCGCGCGUCGCGAAAAACAUGUCAAGUUACACGAUCGGAGGGGCUGAACCUUCGAUUGCUAGGCUGCUGUGUUGUACCACUACACCGGCAUCCCUCUACAAGCCCUCGACAUGGUCUGAGCCUCAGACUACACUGCCUGGCGAAAGGUGCGGCACACCACCGGUCUUCCUGGUCCUUGCAAUGAAUGAACACCGCUGUCCUAGCCUGGGGCAACUGGGAUGCCCUGUACACACGGGGUCGAGGUGUUCUAGGCUCAAUUUUGGGGCGGCCGCAUCUUCUUUGUUUGUGUAUCUGGUGGCUGACUGAGCUCUCUGGAGCUUGGUUACAUGAGAGGUGGAAGGCUGACGAGAAGCGCGUCGACUGCGAGAUGGCUUACAAUUAGGCUUGCACCUCUCACCAUCUCUACCCAUUGUGGGCUGUUUUUUAAAUCAGAUCCAGCCCACCUGCGGGUCUAUCGAACAUUCUUGGCUGUGAUGUUCAGCCCUGGAUCCCAAUCAUCUCACCAUCCCUGUCGCUUUCCAGGGGUUUGGCUUUUUAACGAUUCUUCUUCUCUCCCUUGACCCUCUUCAUCUGCCCACUACUGUACCUUACUGUCGGCGAAGAAGGAAGAAGGCAAGGGAUCUCUGGUCGAGCCACUGCAACUGCUAGUGCAGGAACCCGGAAUUGCGUUGCCUACAACCUGCGGGCCUACAGUGCCAGUUACUGUGCUAUCAUACAGUAUGUGGGACUAACAGGCAGCAUCCUCCGCUCCCGGGCUAAUAGUCUGUCAAUUACCUUUUUUUGCCCGCGCGCGCACACACACCAAGUUUUAUCAGUGUGUGCGAGACACCGCAGAGACAGCGCAAGCCACCUGCCAGCAGAGGCGUCAGUUGAGAGUUCUGACAGCCGUGAUGAGACCGCGGGUCCUGCGUGCUCAAGGGGGUGUUUACUGCUCAACUUCUGUCUCCCCUCCAUGAACCCGCCAUUCAGGUUCUUCCCUGGAUGCACUCUUCCCUCUCAGGGGGUGUAGAUGAUCGACUGUUCGGCGCGCUUUCGAUCUUAGAGCGGGAACCGCCGUGGACUGGAGCUCAGUCCGAGCGAGCCACCAACGUGACGAUCGCAGCGAGUACUCAAGCACAGAAAUACUGGCUUGGCCCAAUCAUAGGUAGUCAAGCUGACGC